AUGUAUGACAUCCCCGAGUCACUGAGGGACAUUUAUCAGGACGGGUUUUCGGAUCCGCACCCAGGAAACUGGGACUCGGUAAAUCGUAAUGGGGAAACCCAUAAAAUACAGUUACCAAGAGGCCAACUUGACCCAUAUGCUGACCCCGGUUUCUCAAGAGCCGCGGCUUGGGCAGCAUCCAACGUGGGCCUACUCUCUAAUUUGGGAGUAAUCCCUAUUUCACUUUCCGCUUUCGUGGUAGUUAACACUGACCAUCUAAUCGAGGAAGUCAACGCUUUCUGGGGUUUUAAACCAGUGAGAGAUCCAGGUCUUCUGUAUGCGCUUGCAUCAGAAUUCAACUUGGUUAGCCUCGAGCCAAAGGUGCCUCAGAAUAAUGAUGGGGUGAAAUCGGAAAGCUCAGAAACAGGGGAUACCCUGACAGAACUUAAUCCCUUCUUGAUUUUCAUCAAGAAAGAUGCCUCAGCGAGGCAGCUGCGCACAGCUCUAUCGAAUCUGGUUCAAUUUGAGCUAGGGCCAGACGCGAGGACAACUUUGUCAGACUUGGAGCUGAUCUAUGCCGCAGAAAACAUCCGCAGGAAGUUCUCAAACUGCCAGCUGUUCGCUUGCCUGAAAGAAGACCCUGAGUCGAUCAUCAGAAUCAAAUACACAUCCGAGCCAGUGAAGGGCAAGAAGCCGUCAUUCAUCAAGCGAGUUAGAGGAGCUUCAAACGGCUUAGGCGUAAAGCAAGAGGCUUUCAUGGAAGCUUGGUUCUCCUGGUUGCCCAGGUCAAGACUCGGUCCACGUUGGUCAAUCCACAAGAUGUUGAUGACCUCCAUCCUAACUGACUCUUACUGGACUUACGUCACCUGCAAAGUCCUGGAGGCAACUCCGGAUGCCAUGCAAAGGCGAACAUUGCGCCCAGACCCGAAUUGGUGGUUCGAGAGAUUAGUCGGUUACGCGGCAAUUGACAUCUUGGCGAUCACCGAUACAGUCCCAAACUCAUCAAAGGACCCGAUUGGCUUUGUAGAAGCAAUCGCAGCCAACGCCGCGGCUACGGAAAGAUGGGUAGACAAAGAAGACUUCGAAAAAGCGAAAGAAAUCAGAGCGAACCUGAUCUUUCCGACCAAAGACGCCGACGAGAACUUCGAAGGAGUCAAAAUGAGGUUAAUUCUCAACAACGCAGUCGCCUGCGGUCUCGACAGGCUCAACAAAUACCUAGAGCCCACAGACUACCGUCUGAUCCCCUUCGGGGCAGCUUGCCACCCUUUCUGGAGGAUGAAGCUCAGAGCUCAGCUGGCCACGAAGCUAGCGGAGAAAGUGGUGAAAACCAGGAAUAACGAAAAAGUCCUGUGCGAAAAGCUGAUGUUCAGAUCAAGGGACUGGAGACAGGCAAAAAUGGAGAAACAAACGAACACGUCCGGGAAACCGUUCGAAUUCCACUACUCUCUGACGACGCAAGAUCUGGCUGAUCCAGUCCUGUCGCUGUUCAAGGAAGUGCUGGAGGGAUUCAAGAAGGUGAAACUCACAGCUGUUGCGAUCAAGGAUUGGUUCGAUUCCAUCUACCAAUCUGCGGAAGAGACUAUCCUCAGCCAAAGGGAGACCUUUUGGGAAAGAAAUCCUCUGAUGAGCGGAGAUUGGGACACCAUUCGUACUUCGAUUCCGGGCAACCAGAUCGAGAUAGCUCGCUUCUCCUACGAACAGGCAACUAGGAAAAACAUGAGCAAGGACCACUCGAAGCUCCAGCUUAUCCCGGACCCGUGGUUCCCGCUGAUCAGCGAGUUCGCGCUCGGAAACACAGACUCGGACCUGGCUUGGCAAAUCCCAAGAGAUUUCUGGGAGGUCGAAGCAGAAGGAAGCAGAGCCUGGAAAGCCAGAGCUACCCGACUAGUCAAAUCGGCGGCGGUGGGACACUUUGCAGUGAAAGCUUGCAACAAAAGACCCGACGCGCCGAUCUCAGACCCACUUCAUGCGGUGAUAGAAUAUGCCGCGCAAACGGCAAAACAACCGGCCGAGGGCUCACUGAAGGAAACGAUCGAAAUAGUCGCGGAUAACCUUUUCGUCGCAUGCAGUGAAACCGGCGAGAAGCCCCGAGAGAUCUGGAGAAAUCUGGAACGAAUGGCCAAAUCAUACGAGCUAAAAGCAGUACAGCAGCCAAAUGAUUUAGAUCCGAAGAAAUUCGGUUUUCUUUUCAUGCACCGAGUACCCUCGGCGAAGAAAUCGAAGCUCUUAUUCCAGUGGAUUGGAAACGAUGCGGACGCAGCAAAGGAGUCGUUUCUAUGGGAGAAAGACCAUCCUUACAAUAAGAAAGGCUCCUACAUGUCGAUCGAGAAAGCUACAUCGCUACUUAACGAUCUAAGCGAAUUCAAACCAGCAGAAGCGGCGAUUCUAGUGAAAUUGAUCGCAAAGGCGAGACCAAAGGGUCACCCCCUCGUGUUGAUUGCCACAUCGAUGGAAGCGCAACAAAAAUGGCUAGACCUCGUCACUAACCCUCAAUUGAAGGAGGAGACUCCAUCAGCACUCUGGGAAGAGAACUUCGGCUCCCUAGAAUUCGAAGAGCUGAAAGGGCUAAACAAAUACUGCCCCGUCCUUCUUCUUUUGGUCGAAGAAGACCAAAAUCGCGGCCUAUUCCGCUGGCAAAGGUUAAACUUUCGGGAAACCGAAAGCGGCUAUAGAGCAAUUGUCUGGAACUACCAUCAGCUGGUCGCCCCAGGCAAAGUGAAGAUUCUACGGGACUUAGUCUCGUGGGGAAAGGGCCACCUUUCUAACAGACACAUCCGGCAGUCGGAGAAGCUUCGAGAGGCGUCACUGUGCGAGAAGUUCGACAGGAGCGAUUUCAAGCAGUGCAGCUUAGGCUUUGGUCGAGGAGUUUUGGCUAGAUUGGCAUGCUUGACAGCUUCGCUGGCCCCGCCAACAUGGCUGGACUUGGUGUCAGUUUCGGGACUGGGUUAUCGCCCGACAAAAGACCGAACUCAACCCUUUAACACGGGACACAAGACCAAUUUCAUCAGAUAG